GGUGAGUUUAGGCCGACUAUCGCUCGUUUACAAGCCGAACUUACAUAUAUAACAAAUAUAAUAUAUAUAGAACGCACGCGUACUAAAACCAGCUACUAACUACACGUGCGGAAAGGACGAUAAUAGCACCGAUAGUAACAACUACAAAAAAUUAACACGAUCGUUUGGACAAAAUACUGUCACGCGGAAGUCAAACGGUUGAAGAACAAAACACUCGCGGCGAGCUCGAUUUCAACGGCUUACUGACUAAAAAAUGGUGUCCUUACACACGAUAAUGCGCAGAAUUUUGAACGCUAUAGGAUGUCUUGACGCUCGCUGAGUUGCGUUGUAUGACGAAGAAGACAUGCCGGUUUACAAUAGGAGGAAGCAAAAGGCGCCGGUGACGGUGGCUUCACGCAAUGUCCUCACAGGUCGGCGAGAAGUGCUGAAUAUUAUCGGCCCCUUGCCGAGACGAAAUUCACUAGGUGGACUGCUCGGCUACUGGUUGAGGCAGGAACAGCUUGAUGGACUGCGUUACGAUUUUUAAUGCGACAGCGGUGGCUUUGUUCUCGCCAACGUGAAUGCCGGGAUCCUUCGUGUCGUGUUCAACGGUGACGAAAAUCACGUCGGGGUCACCACUGUGGCGGUUAAUUGACCUUACGCCAUAGAAUACUCGUUGACCACGAUGGAAGGGACUCCUCUUUAUAGCAACUGAUAUUUAUUAUAAAUGUACUCAAGAUAUCAGAUACAGUCAAUAGCCAGUAACGAGAGACGAGAGGGAAUGAUGUCUCUACGGCAGAAAACCGUUAGUCCCCGAUAUUUCAAGCGUUGGAGGAGAAGGCGGAGAGGCGCUAUUGGCUAUCUCCGCUAUUCCAACAAUAUGGCGCAUAAGGGGAAAUAGGCGCAUGCCUACAGCGUAUCUCCUGCAGCGUCGUCCUGUCGGCAAAAUUGGGCAACACAAGGGUGAAUCAAAGAGAGUUGACACAUGAUAUCCAUUUAAUUCAAUUAAAUACAAAUUCCCGCAAAUAGCUUCUAUAUGCAAUUACGUCUUUGUUUACACAUAAGUAUUGUAUUCUCUGUUAUUCGUAUUUUUGUAUGGUGUCAUCGUCCAUUUACAAAUAACUAAAUUAGUAAUUAAAAUUACAACGAAAGUUCAUAUUAUUAUUAUAUUGAAUUCACUUGGAGAUCGAGGGAAAAUGUGAAUUAUGGCUUCGAAUAACAAAAUUAUUCGUUCAAAUAGAAAUUGCGGUUUUGUUGGUUGUUUUGCCAACAAAACUGCAAUUUCUAUUUGAACGAAUAAUUUUGAAAUACAGAAGCUAAAAAUCCCGAAUUAAAUUUUUAUUGUUUUCCAUCAAAAAGUUAUGAAAUAGAAAGAAAGAAACGAUGGAUUCAAGCCGUUAGGAGACGAACUGUAGAUGGCAAACCUUGGAUGACUGGCUCAAAUUCUUGUGUAUGCAGUGCUCACUUUGUGGGCGGGAAGAAAUCAGAGAAUAUGUAUGAUGAAGCAUACGUUCCAUCAAUCAUCUAUCCUUUAUUUUAUAAAGAAAAAAGUCAAAUAUAGAAAGAGCUCAGGUACUUAAAAAACGUAAUAUAUAUAAAGAAGCUGCAGCAGUAAUUUCUACUAAACAUGAAGAAUAUGAGGAAACGAUCGUCGUAGAAAUGGAGAAGAAAAAGGAAAGCAUUGGAAUUCAAACAGACCCUUGCAUGACACCUUUUAUAAAUGAUGUCAAUAUAUUUUUUGCUGGAAUGAUAUAUGUACUCAAACAGAAAUUUGUAUUUAACAGCCGCAAAAAUACCGUAAUAUCAUCAUUGACAAGCUAAUUAAAACUACGACAGAGAAAAAAUGUGGGCCCGAUAUUGAAAUGAGAGAGAAUCCAGGAUUUACGGGUUUUGCAGAUGUUAAAACAGAUUCAUCUAUGCGUGAGCUAGCUGGAAUAUCACACAAUUUUUUUGAUGUUUUAUUAAAUUUAAUAGAGUUAGGUAAAGAUGGACAACCUGUCUUUUACAGAACGCUAGGAAAAGAAAAUAGAUUAUUACUUUUCCUAAUGAAAUUAAAACUAGGGAUUACUUUCUGUGCUCUUGGCGAUCUAUUUCACAUUCACAAGACUACUGCAAGAAUUUUCUUUAAAGUUUUGCAAACUUUAACCAAGAAAACAAAAACAUGGAUUUUUUGGCCUUCUAAAGAAAGUGUUAAAAAAAAUUUGCCUAUAACAUUUUCUAAAUAUCCAAAUUGCAGAUGUAUUUAUUAUAGACUAGAGUACUCUAAUUAUAAAGGCAGAUUUAUGGUUAAAUUUUUAAUUGCUAUUACUCCUGAUGGUUAUAUCUGCAAAGUUUUAAAAGCUUAUGGGGAAAAAUCAACUGACAGUUUUAUAACAAAUGAUUGUGGUUUUUUGAAUUUGAUUGAGCCUAAUGAUCUAGUUUUGGCAGACAAGGGAUUUCCUCAGAUUCAAUCUGAAUUAGGUAAACGAAAUGCUACGCUAGUGAUUCUCCCAUUUGCUGAAUCCACAAUUUUCUGAUGAAGAAGUUGAAGAAGGAUAUAGUAUAGCUUCUGUAAGAAUACACGUUGAAAGAGCUAUUUAGCGAGUGAAAUUGUCUAAAAUUUUGAGUCACAUUUCAAUAGAUUUAUUACCUUACAUAGAUGCAAUUAUGCACACAUGUUGUAUUAUUGCUAACAGUCUCCCUCCUUUGAUUGAAGAACGCAACAAAGAAGAAACUUUAAACUAUUAAAUUAUUAAAUUGAGGAAGCAGAUAUUUAAAAUAAAACUGUUCUAUCUUUGGUAUAUAUUGCAUUAAAAAAAGUUCGUCUUUUUGAAUUUCUAAAUGUACGUAGUCAUCUUUGGAAUAUACAAAAAAUGGCACUUGGUUAAGCCUAUUACAUACAUAGAAACUUGUAUCUGCGUAUAAUAAAUAUGAGACUUUUUAAGUUCUAUAUUUCCCUUAGAAUUAAACAAUAGAUAAGGAACGUUUAAUAUAUUAUUUUCUCGAUCUAUAAUUUUACUGUUUUUGCAUGUAGCAGGACAUUUAAUUUCUAAAAGAGAUUUAUCUUCCAGAAUGAUACCAUCAGGAUUUGCUGCUUAAAAUGGCUGAGUCAUUUUGAUAACGAGACCGAUUGUAUGUACUUUUAAUCCAGUUAUAUUGCAAAAACAGUUUCUCGCGAUAGGCUCAGUUUGCAAGCCAUAAACCAUAUCUGCAGUCAUUUUUCCGUGAAACUUAUCAUUUUUAAAUUGAAUGGCAAGUCCUCCAAAAUUCUGUUUCCUCGUUUUAAUUUGAUGUGCUUUCUUUGAACAUAUUAUUCGUUUAAUCAAAAAUAAUGUCACCAGAAUAAUGUCAACAGAUUUUGUAAAACUUUACUAUUUUUGUUUCACACAUUUUACCAAAAAAUCAAUACUUUACGAGAUUUGACUAUUCGGGAGUCCAAGUUUUUCAUGUUUGACUGGUUAUAACUCGAUAACUGUCCAUUAUUGUGGCCAUUACAUCUUUUGUUCAGUAGAUCAUAAACUACAACAUAUGAAAAAACCAACUGAUUUGACCGAGAUAGAUUUUUCCCUAUAAUUA